GUAACCGUUAUGCAAAAAUACAAACGGUCCAAACGGAUGUAUGUGCCUAUGAGCCAUGAAGACGAAACUACGACUACUAUGUUUCCAUUGCUUCCUUGUGGAGAUCUACCUUACCUCCGAGCGCAUUCACACUUGUGCCUGUUGCACAGAAUCUGGCUGCAUUUGCCAUCAGAUACAUUCUAUAAGAUCCUAAUCUAAGGAUGUCGUUACAAGUCUUGGUCCGACAACUCUGAGAUUGGUCGUAGACUGUUUGGUCUAGGGAAGAGCAGGUCGACUCUCUGAUUCGAAGCGACAUAAGGAAGCAGGAAUUUAAAAGAGGGUACUGGACAACGGAGAGGCUUUCCUGGGGGAAAUACUGUGCCUUGAGCCUUGGGGGAGUAUACCUUUUUUGGCCUUUUGGCUAAAAAUAGAUAAAGUGUAGUAUCUGUUUUGUGGGAAAUCCUGUGCCUUGAAGGAAUACCUUUCUUGGACUUGUUGUGGCUAAAAAUAGAUCAUUGACAAGUGUAGUAUCUGUUUCGAUAAGGGGGGGAAAAAGAGAUUAAAAAACAAAAAACGAAAGGAAUUGCAAACAUGGUUAUGGCUGCAACCCCAGAUGUUAUGACGUUGCUCGUUGGCGUACUUCUUUUGAGUUCCCCGCUCGUCUCAGAGUCCCGUUUGAUUAACGCCAGAGUGGCCGAAGCUCUCGCCGGGAUUCAAGCUCACCUUAACGAUCAAGUGGUCAGUCUUGAUGGACCCCACCUUUAUGGGGUUUAUGAAGAGUCGACAAUGUCCGAUACGGCCGCUGCUGCUGCUGCUGAUGAUACGACCCGCCUGUCUACCGUUGCCGCGGCUGAACAGGAUAGAGGUGCGGAAUCUACAGAUGCAAUGACGGGGACGACAGGAAGGCUAAUGCAAGAACUGUCGACAGUAAUGCGAGAACUGUCGACAGGUGGAACAAGCGAUGGAGGCGCUCCUUCUUCCGAGCCGGCAAAAGAAGAGGUCGUAGAAAGCAGUGGAAAUGAUGAGGGUGCUAGUCCCUCGCAGCCACCGAGAAAUACCGCCGCCGCGGAUACUCGGCCACAAAGACCUUCUCCUGUUCUAAGCUCAGCGCAUGACAAUGAAGACCGCAGCUGGAGCAAAGAGUUGGACAGAAUCGGCAAGAUAAACGGCACUUGGACCUGGUGGCCGGCUGCUGUCGUGGUUGUGCUUCUCUUCACUGCUUUUGGUGCCCUCGUGUUAAAUGAGAAAAGGAAAAAGGGAAGGAUCUCUGGAAAGUGCAGUCAAGGGGUACCGCACGCGACACAGGGAACGCACUCUGCAAAGCGUAAACGCCUCAUGCAGCAAACGGACUCCACAAAUCCCAGUGAAGAGGCACCAGAGCCAGCGCAGGGAACACUCUCCGCAAAGCCCGGCAUUGCCGGCAAAGAGGUACAGGACCCGACGCAGGGAAUGGACUCUGCAAUUCCCAGUGAAGGUGGCACGCCUGUCAGUCAGAGCGUGCCGGAGGAGGUACGAGAACCGAUGCCGCUGUAAUACACAGAGUGAGAGCGAGUCAUUGUAUGCCUAAGUGCUACACCCAC